AUGCUACGACAACUGCAAACAAAAUUUGAUGAUUUGUCCACGCAAUUGGUCAAUAAAAUGGAAGACAUGGAUUCACGAAUAGAUGUACUUCAAAAAUCUCUUGAAACUUUAAUGCAACAGGCUGCUACCGAUAAUAUUAUAGCUGAUGACCUGAAGAAAUAG